UAAAAACUUUGGUCACUCUAAUACAAAUAUAUUAUAAAAUUUGACAAGUUUGUUUCUCGAACGGCUGGAAAUUUUCGGUAAAAGAUGUUGCGUAGAUCGCGGAUUCAAAGUUUAAGCCCUGCCCUAUGGAGCCGACAUAUGUCGGUAGUGGCCAAGUCACUAAAAUACACAGAGCAUGGCGAACCGCAAGAUGUGCUCAAGCUGGUUGAGGAUGAACUGUCGGAUCCAAAGGGCAAACAGGUCCUGGUAAAGAUCCUGGCUGCUCCUAUCAACCCAGCCGAUAUAAACACUAUCCAAGGAAAAUAUCCAGUGAAACCAAAGUUUCCAGCCGUUGCCGGCAACGAGUUUGUGGGCGAAGUGAUCUGCGUGGGUGAAAAUGUAAAGGAUCUGAAGGAGGGUCAACAUGUCAUUCCACUGGCUACUGGUCUCGGCACAUGGACAACUCAUGCUGUCUACAACGCGGACCAGCUGCUGGCUGUGUCCAAGAAAGUCGGCCUAGCGGAGGCGGCCACAGUGACGGUGAAUCCCUGCACUGCUUACCGUAUGCUGAAGGACUUUGUUCACCUCUGUCCAGGCGACACGGUCAUCCAGAACGGAGCCAACAGUGCAGUGGGGCAGGCAGUGCAUCAGCUGUGCCGUGCAUGGGGCAUUAAUAGCAUUGGCAUCGUUAGGGAUCGCCCGGAGAUAGCCGAACUGAAGGAGAUGCUGAAGUGCCUUGGAGCCACUGAGAUUCUGACAGAGGCGGAGAUCCGUACCAGUGACAUUUUUAAAACGGGAAAGGUGAAAAAGCCGCGCCUGGCCUUCAACUGUGUGGGUGGUAAGAGUGCGACGGAAGUGUCGCGCCAUUUGGACCACAAAGGCAUCCUCGUCACCUACGGUGGCAUGUCGCGGGAGCCCGUAACUGUUGCUACUGGUCCCCUAAUCUUUAAGGAUAUUGCGUUUAGAGGCUUCUGGAUGACUCGCUGGUCCAAGGAGAAUUACAAUGCUCCCGAACGAUCGGAAAUGUUCAAGGAAAUCUUUGGGCUGAUGGAGAAUGGAAAGUUUGUCGCUCCCGCGCACGAGAUGGUGCCGCUGGAAAAGUUCAAAGAUGCGGCUGCAGCGGCCCUGAACUUUAAAGGAUUCACGGGCAAGAAAUUUAUUUUGGACAUGAGCAAGUAGGUGCAGGCUGAGCCUGUAUCUUUAUUUGUUAUUUACAAAUUGUUUUCCAAUGUGAUCAAAUAUAACUUAAACCAUUUCGA